AAAAGUAAUAGGCACUACAAUAGUAAAAAAUUUAUAACUGUUGAGAAAUAAAUGUAUUUUUAUUCAGCUGAACACAGGACUAAUGAAAAAUAUACUUCAGGAAUAGCAAGCAAAAAGCAAAUCUUUCAGUACCUUCCUCCUUAUUUACUGUCAGGAUUCCUAUGGUGCAGAGGCAUACUGAGAUCAGGAGGCUUUGGGGCAGUACAGUCAAAACAUCACAAAUAAGCUGUGCUUUUUGCUGCGUGAGAGGUACUUAUCAAUGCAUCAGCAGAGGCUUACUAGCUUUAAAAAAUGUAAAAACAAACACAUUAAUUCAGCUCCUUUUCUAACAGGUGGAUUGGCCCACUUCAGUGGGACCUUAAGAAACUAACACUUGUCUGAUAUAUGUAGACUUUACAGGAGUUUCUAAAGCACCCCAGAACACCAGAAGGCAGUGUCUUGUUUGGGGUACAAAUUCCUCGAGGUCUGACUAAAGAUUCUGAACUCACGGGUAGUUUUUCCACUGACUGGGGAGGGAGACAGAGAUGAACCGACGAAGUGAACCAAGCACAGGGUAAAUUAGUCCAUCCCAGUCUGUGCAGUCGCAGAGGGAUUGCUACUAGCAUGGGAGCUGUUUGGGGGCAGUCAGACUCCAGCAUCUCUGCAGCACACUGCUGUGACCACAGCGCAGGUGUUUCCGACGUGUAGAUGCUGCCUUUAAAUUUCUGACACGCAGCGGUUUCUCCUUGCAGAACUUGAAUGCCGUUCUUCAGAACAGCUAGAGGUAGGAUGCUAGUGGGUGAUAGAAGGUGAUCAGAGAUUAUUUGUGGUAGCAGCAAGCAGGAAGUGGCAUCACAGAGUCCAACUGUAACUUUUUGAGUGAGUCCCAUGAGAUUUCUAGUAUUGCAGGAGCCAAUUCUUUUUUCCAGAGAACACCAUUUCUUUUGUAAAAUGACAUGCUUUUUAUUUAGAAUGUUUGCAUUUUUUCCCUACAUCAUGGCAAUAUUCUAAAGUCAUUUUCCAGUGAUUGAGUUUGGAGGGUAUUUUUGUCUUUUGUCUCUUUCCUUUACGAAAUUCCUCUCUUCUUUUUCAAUCUUCAUUUUAUAAAAUGUGGAAACAUUCUAUGAAACCAAAUAAGCAGUUAAAAAAAUAAAUAUAUGGCCCUUGCAGUGCCUUAUGGAAGACAGUUUUUCCUGCAAAAAUAAACAUUUCAGUUUUCUGACCAGCUGUCCUCAGCUCCCCAGCAGCCUCCAGUGAUGUUCGUGGGAGUUACCUGUGCAGAGGAAUUUACAGAUUUGCCUUAGCAGAGGCCCGUACACCUCAAGAUGGUAAGGAACAAGAAAGGAGAGCCAGCUGCUAAGCAUGGGUCAGACAAGUGGCCCACUUGCACUCAGUCUGUACAUUUCAUUCCACUCAGAUAUGAGGAUGCGCUCUCCUCCUCCAAGAUCAGCCUGAACACUUGGUGCAAAUGCUCCGCUAGUCUACUGGCAGUUUGGCAGCAGCCCUUCCUUAUUGAAGUUUUAAGCUGGGGUGGUGGGAGCCUGCCAAAUCACACGUCCUCACUUACAGCUGCAGACUGCUUACUCUUCAGUCUGAAGGUGUCUUAGCCAAACUGAUCAGGGAAAAUAAAGGUCGAGUGUCUCAGCUAGAAGCAUCUCGAGUUAAUAACUAUAUUAGUUUUCGAGCAUCAGAUGAGUCACAACUGAGUAUGUUACAGGUUCUCAGAUUUUUUGUCAUCCUGGGAAAGGGCCUGUAUCUUCUGUAUUAGUGGGUGAGUAAGUGUGAAAAGAGUACACAUGAAUGCUCUGCGGUUAUAAGCCACGGUAAGUUAUUUUUGACCUCAGUGACAGGCAAGCCUGAAUGGCAAGAAAGCGAGCCACUUCUUCAGAGUGAAUAAAUGCUGACUAACAUGUUCUUAGAAUAACAGCUGUGCAUACAUUGGUAUUCCACCGGCUCCUUGUAUGCAAAAUCUGCUCAAUACGGAGCAGGUAUUGAACCUCCCCGAUGCCCUAAUUCCACACCCCAUUCUCAUUCUCCUCUGACUUUCUGGACAGUAGUCUUGCAAAACCUCUUGAAGUGUCUACAGCUUGUGCUCUGUGAACCCAUCGCCUCUUCCCUCUCCCAUUCUCCUUCUCCUAGAAAUCUUCAGUUCCCUAAUUUCCCUGAAGCCAUCGUGCUUCACACAUAUCUUUUUGGAUUCUUCACCCUUUUGCCUUCCUGUUUCUUCUCAAGUAUCAUCCUGGGCAUGCUGGCCUGUCCACCUCUCCCAGUCCAUUGCUUACACGAGGAUCUGCUGCAGACAAAGGCUGAAAUCAACUGCAAGUCAAUUUAUGGAAGUAUGAAGUUUAUAUGGCUCUUUAUUACCCACAAAUAUAAACUCCUGGAGGUAAUUUUCAGCAACCGACUACUGAUCAAAAUCCUUGACGAUUAAAGUAAUGGGAGACUGCAAUGAAAGCAUAAAGUGUAAUCCUCCGUUCUCCUGGUUUUCUAGUCAAGGUUUUCUCCUCACACACAGAUGGGUGCCUGUUUUGGAUAAACCGUCACUGAAUUCCUCGUCAGUGUCACGCAGAGCCCACAAGCUGACCUGGAGAGAGCCGUGUUCUGGCGAUCUGAACGCGCCUCACCGCCAAGGACUGCUGUGAGUAGAGCCGCUGUUGCGCCCAACACACCCGAUGAAGUGUCCGUGCUGUGUGCCAGCCCUCCCGACGAGCGCGGCCCUGUCUUACCAGCAGCGCUACAGCUUCUGCUAGGCCUUCAUCCCCGUGGCUGGCCAACCAUCAGGCUUUAUGCUUUCCUGGAUAAGGGAAAUCCCUGGCCAGGUUUUCCAAAGAGAUCGAGUUUUAAGGGGUCAACACGUAGAUACAAAGGCAGCAAGAGCCUUCUGCCUCGGUAUUCGGUCCCUCCCAAGCCCCGAGUCCUGCUGGUGGCAGGGAAUCGCAGCGAGAUCCGCUGGGAGCCAACUUCUCCUCAAACCCUUUCCCGUUUCCUUUUUCCGUCACAAAGCCGUGCGCCGGGCACCGAGCCCACGCACCAUGAGGCUGCCCUCGGGCCCACCCCACGCACCCACCCACCCGCGCCCCGAGCCGCCCCCCCCGCGGCCGGGCCCGGGGAGAGCGGCCCCCGCCGGCCCCCGCCGGCCCCCACCCCCGAGGACGGGAGCUCCGGUAGUUCCGGCCCCGUGAUCGCCCCACCCGGCGGGGCAGCCGCUCCGCACCCAUGGGGCGCCGAGGGGGCGGCGGCGGCGAGGAGCGCGGCGGCUCCGCGGAGGGGGAGACGGGGUCCCGCAAAGGUCUGUUCUCAAAUAUCUGGUUAUGGCAAGGUGUAUCUGGAGUCCUUACAGCCACUGUCAUUUUGAUUUUGUGUAUUCAGUUUGUAAACCGUUCUUCAGCCAAAGAUUUUCCUGUCUGUCCUUCCCUGGAGCACUGUCCAUCAGGUUGGCUGUAUUUCCAGAGGAAAUGCUACUACCUCUCGGAGAGUGAAGCCAACUGGAACUCCAGUCAGAGCUUUUGCUCUUUGUACAAUGCUUCCCUCCUGGUGAUCGAAAAUCAUCAGGAACUGAGUUUUAUGGUGAAGAUAACAAAGCAAGACCCGUGGAUUGGACUCUGUAAAAGAAAUGAAGAGUUCUUUUGGGUAAAUGGGAAAGCACUAGACAAUGAACUGAUUGAAGUAAAAGGCUCUGGAAACUGUGCCUAUCUUGAGUCAAAAGGAGUCUCAGCCUCUGGAUGUUACUUAACCAGGAAGUGGGUCUGUAGCUUGAAUAUUAGCUCAGCACAAUAAAGGGGGGCGAAGCCACCACCCCUGAGAGUGCCCUGAUAUGAUAUGAUGUCCGCACGGGCUGUCUCUGUACUCUGGGACCUGGGAACAUGUCUCAGCUCCUGCAUGGAGAUGAGUGACUUGUCUGGUAACCAAAAUUCUCCAGCCAUGGAGAAAACCCCUGUUUUUUGAAGAUACCAUUUAAAAGGCUUGCUUCAGCAUCUUGAUAAGUCAUUUCCUUGACCCAUUUUUCUAGCUACUGCUCAGCCUCUAGUUUCUUUUUGUUGUGCCACCAGUAUUUCUUCCAUUAGUUUCUUCCAUCAAUAUUAGUAUUUCUUGUAGGAUCCUAAGCAGCUGCUUUUUCUUUUCCUUUUUGGUGUGCAGUUGGAGGUAUUUGUUCUGCUUUUCCUUUAGGCAAGCUCUGCGUGCAUGGGUGGAUUGUGAAGUGGGCUCUGCCAGUGCCUCUCAGAUAGAGGGUGAUGGAGAAAUGAGCACUCUUGUUUCAGACAGGAUCGUUGUGGAUUUUGCUGUCCCAAUUUGAUGAGGUGCAUCUUGUGUGACUACGUUGUAUUCGAUGUUUUGUUAAUGUUAUUUUACACUAAUCUUGUUAAAUUUGCUUGACAGUAUUAUCAUUUGGAUUUAUGUAGCUGCACUGCACCUGAAGUUCUCCUUCCCUCAGCACUUACCUUAGCAAAAAAAAAGCCAGAAUAGAUAAAAUUAUUUAUUUACCUGAGCAUCUGCACUGAUGGGAAACAAGUAUGAACUGAAAAAGUAACAGUGAAGCUGCAGGCAUUAAUGUUAUAAAGUUAGAAAUAGUUCUCAGUGCAAACAGGCAAAAUCAUGAGUAGAGAAUAAGAAUUAAGAGCAAAGGAUGUUUCUCCAUGGUUUCCUUGUGUCCUGUGCUUGUUGGAGCAUGAGGCUUCCAAGCAAUUGGUACAUUUCUGGAUGGUGUUUUCUUCUGUGUCCAUAUCAUUUUCAGCAGCAACACCCAGUGCUAUUGAAUUCCUAUGAGCCUGAACAGAGUGAGGGCUCAGUCCUGCUGAGCUUUCUCCACUCAUAUCUAGCAGGUAACCUGAAGAUUUCAAAUGCCAUUUGACUCAGAGGAAGCAAAUCAGCUUUCUGGAAGGACUAUCCCUAUCAGGUUUCUGGAGAAGGAGGAAUGGAGAAUUCACCCGUGUAGCAGGGCAGAAUACUUCCUUGCUUGGACUAAAAUCUGGAAAAUUAGUUUUCUCGUGAUCUGGUGAAUUAGUUUUCUCGUGAU